AUGCUAACUGCCGUCAACCGUCAUACCAUCAGAGAAGAAGAAGAGGUGGCCUGUCCUUUCCGUCGUCCAUUUGUCGGUUACGCUUUGCUUUGUAGACGACCUGCUAAUCAACAUGCAGAACGACGCUGGUGAAUUUGUGGACCUCUACGUCCCUCGUAAAUGCUCUGCGAGCAACCGGAUCAUUGGAGCCAAGGACCACGCUUCCGUACAGAUCAACAUAGCAGAGGUGGACAAGGUCACGGGUCGUUUCAACGGUCAGUUCAAGACCUACGCCAUCUGUGGCGCCAUCCGCAGAAUGGGGGAGUCUGAUGAUUCCAUCCUCAGGCUGGCAAAGAAUGAUGGCGUUGUUGCCAAGUAAGAUGACAUUUUUAUGUCAUCAGCACGUAUCUUGUGUUGUAAUGUGCAUUUUUCUCUCCAUAGGAACAUCUGAGUGAUAUCUUUCAAAUAAAAUGUAACAAAAUCCAAA